ACCAAUGCGGUCACUGUGAGUCCAGCUCAUGCUGGCUUCCUCUCUGGCCGUAAGUGGGUAGGUCUGCCAGCAACCUGCGGAUAGUUGUGGGUUUCCCCCGGGCUCUGCCCGGUUUCCACCCACCAUUAUGCUGGCCGCCGUGGUAUAAGUGAAAUAUUCUUGAAUACGGCAUAAAACACCAAUCAAGUAAAUAAAUAAAUAAUUGUUUGUUUUUUUCUUUUGCUUUUACCUCAGGUAACGUGGCAUAGGCCUAUACAAAGCAGGACAAUUAGGAAACCAGUCUGUCUGUCUAUGCGCUAAUCAGCCUUAGUUUAGUGCGAUGGAUCGAGUGGUGGCACUGGUAGACAUGGACUGUUUCUAUGUUCAAGUGGAGCAAAGGGAAAAACCAAGCCUGAAGGGAAAGCCCUGUGCUGUGGUACAGUACAACAAGUGGAAGGGUGGAGCGAUCAUCGCUGUGGGGUAUGAGGCCCGAGCAUGUGGGGUGACACGUCAUAUGAGAGGGGAUGAAGCCAAGGAGAAGUGUCCUGCCAUACAGCUUGUCCAAGUGGAGGAAGCCAGGGGUAAAGCUAACCUGUCCAAAUAUCGUGCGGCUGGGGUAGAGGUCAUCGAGGUACUCAGCAGAUUUAGUUCCUGUGUGGAACGCGCCAGUAUCGAUGAAGCUUACAUUGACCUCACCCAGGAGGUGGGAAAGAGGUUAGCGGAUCUGGGAGAAGGGGAGAUAAUCACUGCCAAUCAGCUCCCAAAUACCUUCAUUCAGGGAUGGAAACCAGAUUCUGACAAAAUUGAAGAAGAUGCUGGUCGUGAGAUGGGUGUAUCAGACUGGCUGGGGUCAGUGUUUGACCCAGAAAAUGAUGACCCUCAGCAGCGAGCUCUGGCCAUGGGUGCUAUGGUCGCUGAAGAAAUGAGAGCAGCCGUGUACGCAGAAACGGGAUUCAGGUGUUCCGCAGGCAUCGGGCACAAUAAGAUGUUGGCCAAGCUGGUGUGUGGUUUUCAUAAACCUAACAAACAAACCGUGAUUCCUCAGAGCUCUGUUCCCGCCAUGUUCAACUGUAUGCCUCUGAGGAAGGUACGUAAUUUUGGUGGUAAAAUGGGGGCUGCCAUCAUGGAGAAGUAUGCCAUAGAGAACAUGGGAGAAUUAUGUGCUGUGGAGGAAGCAGACCUGAAGAAAAGCUUUGGAGAUAAAACUGGGAAAUGGCUGUACCAGAUUUGCCGUGGGAUCGACCAUGAGCCAGUCUCCCCAAGGCAGCUGCCUAAGUCCAUCGGCUGCAGCAAGAACUUUAUGGGCAAGGAAUGUCUGGACACAAAGAAGAAGGUGCAGCACUGGUUACAACAGUUAGGGAGUGAGGUAGUGGAGAGGUUAGAAAAGGACAGAAUUGAUAACAAGAGAGUUGCCAAAACAAUGACUGUGUCCUUGUCCUACGUGUGCCGACCUCAGCCAGUUUUAGUCUCAAGGUCAUUUGCUAUUGUGCGUUACGAUGCUGGUAAACUCAUCUCUGAUGCCUUCUCCUUACUUCUGCAGUUUAACACUGGCAAUCCAGCCCAAGGAGCAUGGACACCCCCACUCAUCCACUUGGGUGUAUCCGCCAGCAAAUUUCUGGAGGAAGGAACCAGUGUCACGCCUGGAAUAGCAGGCUACCUGGCAAAGAAGGGAGACAACUCCUUGGUGGGUUCUUCCCAGUUGCCCAGUUCCCAGCUACAUGUACCUAGUAGUUCGUCCAAACUAGGAAAUGCAAAGAAAGUCAAGAGAGGAAGUAUAGAAAACUUUCUGCAAAUGAACUCUGAAAAUUCCAGUGGCAAAUUAAAUGCAUGUGACAAAGACUCACCUGACAUUAUAGAUAUCACUGAGGAAAAGAGGCCUCAUGUUGAUUCAUCCAAUUCCAGUAGUAGUUUGACCGGAAACAAAAGACUUGGAUUUUUUGCCUCCGUCCAAGUCAGUGAAAACACGAAUGCCUCCAAGGUAUAUCUAGGGGAAUCAACAAAAAGUGAAGAGAAAACUUGCAUGAUGUCAUCUAACGAGAAUUCAAACUGCAGCCAAGUGGAAUUCAAGAAUGGAAAUGACGACUUUGAAAUCAUACGAUCCGGAGAAAAACCAACAGUUUCUCUGGAGGAAAGAACUACCAAAAUUACUUGUGGUGAAAAUGCAACAGAUGAUGAAUGUGUAGAACUCAAACGGGCAAUAUCACUUCAUAACGAAGACCAACAGAAUUCAGCAUUGCCUGAGAGUACACAGAAGGGUGUUGGUACACUGGAUACUGAUACCUCUGAUCUGACUAGAUGUGACAAGUGUGCCACACUGAUCCCAGCCUGGGAAUUACCAGAACAUCUGGAUUUUCAUUUUGCUUUGGAGCUUUCUGAGCAGGAAGCCUCACCUGCUGUAAGACUAGAGAACAGGUGUAAAAACUUGGCCAAGAAAAGAAUGUCUGACACUCCCAUUACCUCCAGUCAUAGUGACAAGAAAGCCAAAUAUGCUAAAGGGGUUACCUCUCUUCAUUCAUUUUUUAAAAGCAAGUAA